AUAGUACACCCGAAAUACUCUUCAGUACCUACGGCGUCGUAAACAACCAGCAAUAGUAGAAUUUAUUUUAUUUAUAAUGAAAUGACAGGAAAAGGAAGAAGUACAGUUCGCAGUGAGGUAGAUGAGUGUUUGUUGCAAUGGACAUCAAGAGAAAUGCAACUUGUACGACUUCACGAGGAAAUACUGUCAAGAAGGGAAGCCCUCCUUAAUUGUUCACUAGCCUAUAAUCAGACUCAGAAUACAGGUACAUUAAAUGGUGCUCAAACCUCAGAGCAGGCCUACAUCAGAAAUCAUAGAUUAUUACAGGAUAUAAGAGGAGCAAAAGAAGAAGUUUAUGAUUCGCUCAAUGCAGCACCAACUCCUAGGUUCAUGACACUUCAGAAGAACUACUGGGCCAUGGUGAAAAGCCAGGUACCAAUGUGGGAACAGGAUUUAGGAAUACAGAGACCAAGCAGUGAAAGAGCUACACCCGGAGAUGCUGGAACCAGGCCCAAGACCAAACAUAGCCCAUCUACAGGAACUAAAUCUGUGGGUAUACAGCCCAAGAAAAAACAGACACGGACACAGCAUGACGCUAGACAAAAAUCUACAAAAUCUAAAUAGUCAACAAUUUUAAAGUGGAUUCACAAGGUCAUUUAAAAUGUAUGGAGUUUUAGCUAUUGGAAAAAUACAAGAAAGGGUAAUAAAAUGGUAGAGCUAUUGCACUCACACAUUUGGAUGUGGCAGCCUAAAUGGAUAUUGUUACGUUUUUGUAUGUAAGCUGGUGUCUCAGUAACCAAUGAAACUUCACACUUACAGUGAUAAACAGACUUGCAAUGCAUACAUUACUUUUACUUCUUUUUUUUUUUUUUACAUAAUUAUGCCCCUUUUCCAGCAUGGCAAUUUUUAGUUAAGUUUUUGUGUGUUAUCUGGUGUCACAGUAGCCACUGAUGAGAAUGGAUUUAAACUUCACAGACUUGUUCACUGUGAUGAUCUGACAUGCUCUGCACAUGUUCCAUAACUCUGCUUUGCAUUUUUUCUUAAAUACAAUGUAUGGUGUAUGUAUUUGAAGAAUGUACUUCAAGCUGGUAGAAUAGUUCAAACAUGAUUGUUGGUGACAUAAUUAUGAUAAUAGAAGGUAAAAAAGUAUUGAUACUAGUAAUUCAUUUGAGAGGAAUGAAGAUAAUUAUAACCUAGUGUUCUUAUUUUUCAAAAGAUAUUGGUAAUGAAACAUACACUGUAAAAUCUGAAAUAUGUAAAUAUUGCAAACUGGGUGUUAUUUGUGUUUUUUUUUCACAGUUCAAUAGUUAAAAGUGACAAAUUAAGAACUCACAGUUUGAUAUAUGUUAUAUUUUAGGUGCUGUUGCUUGUUGAUAUACAAAACUGUUUUAAAUUUUUAUUUUUGAAUGUAUUAAACCAGUGUGUGACUGUGUCACAUUUUUCACAAAUAUUCACAAAAUUUAAACCAUCACAAAUGUUUGUAAAUAUUUUUGAAAAUAAGUCUGUAAUGUAAUUUGCACCAGUUGAAAUAUGAAGAAAGCAUAAAUAUUCGAAAAAUUAAAUACUUAAAGGUUUUAGUCAAAGUUAAACUGUUUUGAAAUCUGUCCUGUCCAGUAUUGUACUGAAUUAAUUGUAUAGGUUCUUGAAUUUUGUAAGCACUAUUGCAAAUUUCUCCUUUGUCUCUGAUUCUAUCUAUCUAAACUGUCUAUCUAUUGCAUAAUUGAACCACUUGUAAUUAGGAUCCCUUUAUCUUAGGAUAUUGUGAUAUACAUGUAUAUGUAAUAUUUUGAACUGUACCUCAUAUUACUGUGUAAUCUUGUUUAUAUUGUGUUCAAUGUUAUAAUAAUUGUUAUAAUUUUACUUUUAGUUAGCUAUAUUGGGCACUUACCAGAAUGUAGUUUAGCUUGCCGGAGUCAAAGACUCACAGUGAGCUUGUAGUAUAGGUGGGUACACUGGCAUACAUCUGGCAUAAACAUUUUUUCUUUGAAAGAAUAAAUAGAUCUUCAUUAUACUUGGACUGUAGCAGGGCUCCGGAAAUUUUGAUAACUCAAUCGGUCCGAAACGAAAAUCCUGACAUCGGCGCUACCCCACCCACCGCAUUCCCAAUAUUACAUAUUUUGUAAAACGUGAUAGGGUAAGAAAUAAGCAUGUCAUGCAUUAAAACUGAGUUACCAGUCACCGCGCGUUACCAUACAAUGAAGACAGUUAUUCGGUGUUAUGUGUGAUCGUUACUUUGUUUAAAUUUCGAUGUUUUUCCGAGAUAAUACGAGGCAUUGACACCGUGUGCGUAACUAGUCUAAAAGCCAACGCACGUGACUUCGAUACCGUAUACACGGCAGAUACUUUGUGAUGUUUCCUCAUUCUUUGACGGAAUUCUAUAAAA